GGGCCCACCGCGCGCGCCCCUGGUUGCCCCUGGAAACCCAACAGCCGGAGUCCGGGAUCCGCGGUGCCUGCGGAGCUGGAGGGUGAUGGACGGCCCCUCCGAGCAUCCUGGGUACCCUGAAGGGGAAGACGGAGAUGUGGCGAGCCUGUCCUCGAGGCUGUCCGGGAUCAAGUCCAUCUCAGGCCUCCAGACCCCGACCGAACCGCCGGAGCCGCUGCCGCAGCCGCAGCCGGAGCCGGAGCCGCAGCCGGAGCCGCAGCCGGAGCCGGGGACCCUAGAGGUUUCGACAGGAGGCGCCGCCGAGGAUGAGCCCGCCGAGCCCGCCGAGCCCCGGGAAGGGCCGGUGGCCACCGAGGUCGGGGACGAGCCAGAGCCUGGAGAGCCGGAGGGGCCGGCCGAGCCCGAACCCGAGCCCGGGGAGCCGACUGAGGCAGGGCCUGAAGAGAUAGCCCAGUCGGGGCCCGAAGGCGGGCUCGCGGAAGCGGAGGAGCUGGCGCAGUCCGAGACGGAGGUGGGGGGCGGGGAAGGGAGCGUGGAGGGGAUCGACGAGGAGAAGGAGUGGGAGGAAGUGUCGGCAGCGCCGGUCCAGCGCAGGAAGAAGGAAGCCCCGUCGCAGGUGUCUGUGCCGCUGCCCACCAGCAGCCGGGAAGAGGCUGUGUCAGCUCCGGAGGCUGAGCGGGAGGAGGAGGAGGGGGAGGAAGAAACAAGCAAGGACAUUGAGGAGAGAGGCGUGCUAGGAAGCCCGGCGAGAAGCCUGGUAAAGCCGAGAGAGCGGGAGGAGAGCCUCGACGAGGAGGCCGAGGAGUGGAGCCGGGAGGUGCGGAAGCGGGAGGAGCAGCAGCUGCGCGCGGAGCUCCUGGAGCAGUACCGGGCGCGCGUGGUGGAGCGCGACCGCCUCCAGCGCUACAGCACGUACCUGCAGCACAGGAUCUCCGAGGCGCUGCGCAAGAAGAGGGGCCCGGAGGCGGCCGAGACGCCCGACAAGGGCACGGAGCCCGACGACCCCGAGAAAGAGCAGGCGUACCUGCGCCACCUGGCCAUUCUGGAGGAGCUGCGGAAGCAGCAGGCAGACGACCUGGACUGGUAUCACCGGGAGCUGGAGCAGCUGAAGCAGGAGGGCAAGGAGAGCCUCUCCAGGGUGGAGGCGGAGUGGCGAGCCUUCCAGGCCCUCAAGAAGCAGGUGGUGAUGCAGGCCUUGGGCAACUGCCGGAUGCGGGGCGGUCGCCAGGCCGCCCUGCGGGAGGUGGGGCAGAUCCAGGAGCUGGAGGAGAAGAAGGAGAAGGAGAUGAGCGCCGUGAGGCUGGAGAACGUGCAACUGAGACAGAGCUUGGUGCAUCUGAAGACCCGGAUGAGGGCCCAGGAGGACAUGGCGGAGGGUCUGCUCCUCAUCGAUUUCGAGCAGCUGAAGAUUGAGAACCAGGCCUUCAGUGAAAAGGUCGAGGAGCGGAACGAGGAUCUGUUAAAACUGCGCAACAAGGUGGCCAACAACGUGCAGGUCAUAACCCACGUGAAGGAAAAGCUACACUUUGUGGAUAUAGAAAACGCAUGGAAAAAGGCACAGCUUUUGGAAAUUGAGGCUCAGGUGGCCCUCAGGAGGGACAUCUUGACCAAGACCAAGCAAGCCCGGGACAGGCUGCGGAUCGACAACAUCAAGUUGAGUCAGAAGUGUGGGCUUGUGGGCAAGGAGCCGCUCCUCCGGGACCUGGAGGAGACGGUGGACAAGACGGCGCUGCUCAGGCAGCAUCUGGAGUCCCUGAAGUGCCACCACGCCGGGCUCACCAUGUCCUGCAGGGGCGUGAGGCAGAAGAUCAGGGGCGCCAGAGCCUUUCUCCCGUUUUAGCCCAAACGACGGUGGGAAGGGCCAGCCGCACGCCUCCCAUCUUCCACGACCUUCCGGUUUAUUCUCCAUUUGUUGCCAUCUUUAAAAGGCCUCCGAUAUUGGGGAUGGGCCUGUAUUUUCUAUCAACCUUCUCAUUUUUCAGCUUCCAAAUGAGUCAUGAGAACAGAAUUGGGUUAAUGGUUUUACACGGGGUUCCCUAAGAUAGGCCGAGAAACAAACAGCGGGGGGCACGUAGCGGCUCCCAAAAAGCUGUCAAAGAAAGCAUUUUCAUGUCGGAGCAAUUCCAUGAUGUCAGUGACCUGACCCCAGGGAAACCGGCCCCUCUUCCACGUGUAGGAGGAAUGAGCAGGUGACCAAGAAAUGUCUUGUGCUCGAUGCUAAAUAGUAAAUCCCCUUUGAAUCUUUCAACUAUCUCGUCCUGAGUCACGUCCUCAAUUCAGAGCGCCCUAGUUUUUGUAGGUGAAUCUAAAAGUGUUGGGUAUGUAGGGAGCACUGGCGUCUGGGAAACGGGAGAAAUGAUACCUGGGAAAAGGAGCGGAGGUUUGGUCCUCUCUCCUUUUUCCGUGAGAGGACACUCAUCUGCUCGACCGUUAGCGUUUGCCUCUGGCUCAAUGACUGUCUUCAAUUCUAAUGAAAUGUGUUUUCUUGGCUCCCCUAAAGAAACACAUUUAUCUAUACGAACAUAUGAAACUUUAUUUUCCAAGGGAGACAAAAUGAUGAUGGGAUUGUGUCUGGCCCGGCGCACGGGUGUGCGGGCCAGUGACCACCAGCGGUCCGGAGCCUUCCGUUUCCAGCAAGAUAGUUUUGGGUCUUGGACCAUCACCAGGCACAUGAUUUUACUGUGUAUCAAAUAUUGAAAUGUCUAUUAUUCCUCGCGUUAAUGUAAGAAAUGCCUGAUAGGCCUGUCUCUUUCAUCAAGGAUCAGUGAUUAACAUGUGCAGCUUUCUCUGGU